AUCACCGAUUUUAUAAAAAAUAAUAUUUAUAAUAAUAAAAUCACUUUUAACUCUUCCACUUCACUUGUCAACGGGCAGAGAAUGAAGAUUUGGUGUUUUUUCUCAUUGAGCUCCAGGUCCCCAGUCAUGUUUGGCUUUUUGGCAAAGUGGAGCGGGAGAUGUGGAGGAGCGGCUGAACUAAACUCCUCGUAUUUGUCCAUGAAAUGAAUAACGCUGUACCAUGAUUUUGGCGCUGCUCUAAUGAUGGGCGCUCACGUCUUGGAGUCCAACUCCAGCGGCAACUUGACUCCUGCGGUGACUGAGACAGGGGCUGUGCUCCCGGGAUACCUGCUGGUGAUGCUGUCGGUGCUCAUGGUGACCCUGGUCGUCGUUGUGGUGGCCGGGAACGCACUGGUCAUCAUGGCUUUUGUUGUAGACAAAACGCUGAGGACUCAAAGUAACUACUUCUUCCUGAACCUGGCAAUAUCUGAUUUUCUCGUGGGUGCCUUCUGUAUUCCCGUGUACAUCCCGUACAAUCUCACGGGCCGAUGGAUGCUGGGUAAAGGUCUUUGCAAGGUGUGGCUGGUCAUGGACUACCUGCUUUGCACCGCAUCAGUUUUCAACAUUGUCCUCAUUAGUUAUGAUCGCUUCCUGUCAGUCACGAGGGCUGUUAAAUACAGAGCCCAAAGAAAUAUGACCCGCAGAGCCGUGUUGAAGAUGCUAGCGGUGUGGGUGUUGGCCUUCCUUCUCUACGGCCCCGCAAUCAUCUUCUGGGAGUUGAUCGUCGGUGAGAGUAUCGUCCCGGCCCACGAAUGCUACGCCGAGUUUUAUUUCACCUGGUACUUUCUGCUCAGCGCUUCAACCUUUGAAUUCUUCACCCCGUUUGUGUCGGUGGCCUUCUUCAACCUCAGCAUUUACCUGAACAUCCAUCGCAGGACCAAGAACGGUGGCGCCUGUGCCGAGGACGAUGUCAGGAUUCAGACUAACCAUAAAAAGCAGGGAGGAGAUGGUGCGACCUUGUCUGUGUUUUUUGUCAAAUCACGAAAGGUUUCGUGCAGCGAGCCCGCUGCGAUCUCUGCAGUUAUUGAAGACGAUGACGUCCUUUGUCCCUCCUCCAGUGGGGAACCAAACACCAGUCAGAUAUUUCUACAGGCAGGGAGGUUCUCCCCCAUGAGAAAAAACUCGAGGUUGUUCCAACAUACGGCCUCCUGCAUGGCAGCUAGUCGGAAGAAUCAAGGAUCUCGACUUUCCAGAGACAAAAAAAUUGCUAAGUCUCUCGCCAUAAUUGUCUGUAUUUUCGGGGUGUGCUGGGCUCCUUACACCCUACUGAUGAUCAUCCGUGCUGCGUGUAGUGGCGCAUGUGUGGACAAUCACUGGUACGAAAUCACAUUCUGGCUUCUGUGGUUAAACUCUGCAAUCAACCCGUUUUUGUACCCACUGUGCCACAGCAGCUUUCGAAGGGCUUUCUCAAAGAUAUUGUGUCCUAAAAGACAAUCGGUGCAGCCGCAGAUUGAAGCCCAGUCCUAUUAGAACAACACAACCGGCCGUACGAAUGCAGUAACUGAAGCUGUUUAACACUGUAAAAAUCCAUGUACUGUUCUUCCAAAAAAACCACAAACUUUUCUGUAAAAAAAAAAAAAAAGAAUUACAAUAACUUAUGUUUAUACUAGGGAGGUCCGAUAUGAACUAUAUUAACUUUUUGCCAAUUUCCGAUACCGAAAUAGGCUCGUAAUAUUUAUUUAUUCAUCUGUACAAACCAAUGUAUUUAACCAAUUAUUAUAAUAGAUUAAUUAAAUGAGUUGAAAUGCUGCCAUCUAGUGACUUUCACUUUCAUAUACAGCCAU